UUCAUGGGGAAGAUUGAGUUUGUAGGGAAUUGAAAUGAAACUAAAGUAUAUGUGCUUGGAUUCUGCGUUGGAUUUGUGGCUUCACGGUCAUUUUGAGCUUGAAUUUUUCGCUUCUCUGAUUGGGCGUUCGGAAAUGAAGUGUGCAGCCUUAGGCCUGUCUCAUGUACGUAGUAAACCUAGAGAUGGAUAACUCGCUAAAAUGGGUUCUAUUCAACAUAGUAAGCUGUCAGAUAACAAGCGAUGCACUGUGGAAGUAAGGUGAGGUAUUUUUAUUUAAAAUAUGACUGUAUUAUUUAUUUCUUAUAGCGGUCGUAAACAUUCCCAUACAUACUCUUAUAAUUACGCCAUGACUAUCAUUUCGCAAGAUGAUCAUCUCACAGCUGGAGCAUGAGCCACCUGUGAUCUGAUUGGUACAGAGGAUGCGCUAGUUUUCCAUAUUAGUCUCUGUACGAGUUGGAGUAAAACCAAAACAAUCCCGGGUUACUCUCAACUGUCGAUUGAAAAUCGGUCAGUUACAUGUUAAUUGAUUUAUCUAAUUUCAGGUGUUUUUCAAAAAGACUGUUGGUGAUGCCAUUUUAGGACAAGUCUCUCUGACCUUAUCCUGUCUGGGUCUGCUUACCACAUUCCUUCUUUGGCCAUUACUUGUGAUCUUUCAGUUCACGGAGUGUGAACGUGCUUCCUUAAGCGACUUGCCGUGGGAAUAUCUCUGUGGAACUAGGGCAUUAGCACUGGUUUUUCACUCUUUAAUGAUCUUUGGUAUCACCUCUACUUCUACUUUAUUCAUAUCACUUGGCGCAAUGAUCAGCAUUCUUUUGAAUUCACUUAUGGACCAUGUGUUUAGAGACUCGGAGUUUGGUUUGUUAAAGAUCAUCGCAACGAUUUUUAUUAUCAUUGGAUUUUUGUUAUUGUUGAUUCCGCUAUCGCGUGAGAAGAAGGCUACGAAAUAAUAUUUCUGUGAGAGAAAAAGACGCAAGCAUCAUCAUUUUGUGUCAGUAAGCUUAUUUAUCAUCUGAGAUGCUUUACCAUGUUAGAGAAAAUUUUUGACCAAAUGAUGCAAUAAUGGCAAAUGAACACGCGCACUGGCUGUGAAAUGAACAAGACAUUCAAAUAUUGUGCUUGGCAACGCUUCUAGCUUAUAACUUAACAUAGCGUAACUUGUCAAAGAAGCGUAUGCUUCUCUGAGGUCUUCUCUUUUCCGCGCGUAUCGGUUAAAUUCUCGCC